AUGUCCUCUCCACAGCAGGUUUAUCUGCUGCCUCUGAAGGAUGAUGGAUCGCCCGAUGUUCCUGGAGGAUAUAUCUACCUCCCUGCUCCCACUAACCCGCCAUACUUACUUCGGUUUGUCAUUGAAGGCAGCAGCUCAAUCUGCAGAGAGGGUGCUUUAUGGGUAAACAUCCCUGAGAAGGGCGAAUCUUUCAAUCGGUCUGCUUUUCGGAGCUUCAGCCUAUCCCCGGACUUCAACAAGAACAUUCAGAUCGAUGUCCCCAUCACCUCUGCUGGUUCUUUCGCCUUCUAUGUGACCUUCUCCCCGCUUCCUGAGUUCUCCGUUCUAUCAACACCCACCCCAGAGCCAACAAGGACUCCAACCCAUUAUAUCGAUGUCUCACCCAAGUUGACUCUUCGCGGUCAAGAUCUCCCGCUCAAUGCCCUCUCUAUAUACUCUGUGAUCUCUAAGUUCAUGGGCCAGUAUCCCAAGGAGUGGGAGAAACACCUCAACGGUAUAAGCCAGCGUAAUUACAAUAUGGUUCAUUUCACGCCCUUGAUGAAACGCGGAGCUUCCAAUUCGCCUUAUAGCAUCUUUGAUCAACUACAAUUUGAUGACGCCGUGUUCCCCAAUGGUGAAGACGAUGUUGCGCGUCUGAUAUCUAAGAUGGAGAAUGAAUAUGGACUUCUGUCGCUUACGGAUGUUGUAUGGAACCACACCGCCCAUAACAGCAAAUGGCUGGAGGAGCACCCAGAAGCCGGUUACAGUGUCGAAACUGCCCCAUGGCUUGAGGCAGCACUGGAGCUGGACACUGCGCUGCUGAAAUUCGGACAGGAUCUCCAAAACCUUGGGCUGCCGACCGAGUUUCAAACUGUGGACGAAUUGAUGAAAGUCAUGAAUGUUAUGCGGGACAAGGUCAUCGCUGGAAUACGACUAUGGGAAUUCUACGCCAUUGAUGUGAAGAGUGACACACAUAAAAUACUCGACAAAUGGAAAACAUCCAAAGACAUAGAUCUAACAGACACGAACUGGGCGCAACUCAAUCUUCAAGACUACAAAAACUGGACUUUGAAGCAACAAGCAACCUUCAUCCGAGACCAUGCUAUACCUACUUCGAAACAGGUCUUGGGCCGGUUCAGCAGAGCUGUUGAUUUGCAGUUUGGGGCAGCCAUACUAACAGCACUUUUCGGUCCGCAUAAUCCUUCGACGUCCGAUACUACUAUAGUCGAGGAAAGUCUCUCUAAAAUACUCGACGAGGUCAAUCUUCCAUUCUACGAGGAGUACGAUGGCGAUGUCUCGGAAAUUAUGAAUCAAGUCUUCAACCGGAUAAAAUAUUUACGGAUUGAUGACCAUGGACCCAAGCUCGGCGCCGUCACGGCACAAAGCCCAUUGAUCGAAACGUACUUCACGAGGCUGCCUCUGAACGAUGUUACCAAGAAGCACAAGAAAGAGGCGCUGGCGCUGGUCAACAAUGGCUGGAUAUGGAACGCUGAUGCUCUGCGGGACAAUGCGGGGCCUGACUCCAGGGCUUAUCUGCGACGUGAAGUAAUCGUCUGGGGUGAUUGCGUGAAGCUGAGAUAUGGCAGCUGUCGUGACGAUAAUCCUUUCCUCUGGGAUUUCAUGACAGACUAUACUCGGCUCAUGGCCAAAUAUUUCUCAGGGUUCCGCAUCGACAAUUGCCAUUCGACACCAUUGGUGGUUGCCGAGUAUCUGCUAGACGAGGCACGCAAAGUUCGACCCAAUCUGACUGUUUUCGCGGAACUAUUUACUGGCUCGGAGGAAGCUGAUUAUAUAUUUGUCAAACGUCUCGGCAUAAAUGCGCUCAUUCGUGAGGCCAUGCAAGCUUGGAGUACAGGGGAACUAAGUCGUCUUGUUCAUCGUCAUGGCGGACGCCCGAUUGGUAGUUUCGAUCUUGACUUGCCCUCUUCAGGCAGUAGUCAUGCAAUAGCUUCUUCUGGUCUUGACUCCGGCAAAGAAAAAGUUGUUCAUAUUCGGCCUACACCAGUUCAGGCCUUAUUCAUGGAUUGCACUCAUGACAACGAGAUGCCCGCGCAGAAGAGAACCGCAAAAGAUACUCUGCCAAAUGGGGCUCUGGUAGCUAUGUGUGCCUCAGCCAUUGGCAGCGUCAUCGGCUAUGAUGAAGUAUAUCCUCGGCUUGUCGAUCUCGUCCAUGAGCAUCGGCUAUACUUCUCUGAAUUCUCAGAGGCCCCCGAGACUGGUCUGAACUCUCUCGAAGGGGGGAUUGGAGGCAUCAAAAAGCUACUCAAUGAGCUUCAUACCAAGAUGGGUAUUGAAGGUUAUGACGAGACGCACAUUCAUCAUGACGGUGAGUAUAUCACAGUGCACAGGGUGCAUCCCAGAACACGGAAAGGUGUUUUCUUGAUUGCACAUACGGCGUUUCCUGGUCAAGAUAGCAGAUCUGUACUUGCGCCUACACAUCUUGUCGGUACUCAGGUCAAGCAUAUCGGGACGUGGCUCUUGGAAGUGGAUACAAGCCAAACUACCAAGGAGCGGAUACAAGCAGACAAGUCCUACCUACGGGGCCUGCCAAGCCAAGUCAAAACGUUUGAAGGUACCAAGAUCGAGGAGUCUGGCAAAGAUACCAUCAUAUCCGUUUUGGAUUCUUUUGUUGCCGGGUCUAUUGCGUUGUUUGAAACAUCCAUGCCGAGUGUUGAACAUGCAAGUGGACUGGACAAUUACAUCACCGAAGGCGUGGAUCAUGCAUUCUCGGAUCUUAGCUUAGUCGAUCUAAACUUCGCGCUUUACCGCUGCGAAGCUGAAGAGAGAGAUUCGAGUAAGGGCCAGGACGGGGCUUACGACAUCCCCGGCCAUGGCCCCUUGGUCUAUGCCGGUCUACAGGGGUGGUGGAGCGUGCUUGAGAACAUCAUCAAAUACAAUGAACUAGGCCACCCACUGUGUGAUCACCUGCGAAACGGACAGUGGGCUCUGGACUAUAUUGUGGCUCGUCUGGAGAAGUUGGGCCACAAGGAAGAGCACCCUGCCCUUGGCAGGCCGGCUGCAUGGCUGCAGGAGAAGUUCCAGGCCGUUCGUCAGCUGCCAAGCUUUCUUUUACCCCGGUACUUUGCGAUAAUCGUUCAGGUUGCCUACAAUGCCGCCUGGAAGCGAGGGAUUCAACUGCUGGGACCGCAUAUACAAAAAGGGCAAGAAUUCAUUCAUCAGUUAAGUAUGGUGAGCGUCCAACAAACUGGAUAUGUGAAUUCGGCGUCUUUGUGGCCCACAAAGAAGGUACCCAGUCUUGCAGCUGGCCUUCCGCAUUUUGCGGUAGACUGGGCGAGAUGCUGGGGCCGCGACGUGUUCAUCUCACUCAGAGGCCUCCUUCUGUGCACAGGUCGCUUUGAGGAUGCCAAAGAGCACAUAACGGCAUUUGCAAGUGUACUGAAACAUGGCAUGAUCCCGAAUCUUCUGAGCAGUGGGAAGCUCCCGCGCUACAAUUCUCGGGAUUCUGUAUGGUUCUUUCUGCAAUCCAUCCAGGAUUACACUGAAAUGGCACCAGAUGGACUGGAAAUUCUCGAUCAUAAGGUUCCCAGACGUUUUCUACCAUACGACGAUGUAUGGUUCCCGUUUGAUGAUCCGAGGGCCUACUCGCAACAGUCAACGAUAUCCGAAAUAAUUCAGGAGGUCUUCCAGCGACACGCACAAGGACUCUCCUUCAGAGAAUACAACGCCGGGCCUGACCUUGAUAUGCAGAUGACACAGGAUGGUUUCCAGAUUGAUGUCAAAGUCGACUGGGAAACAGGGCUGAUAUUCGGUGGCAGCCAAUACAAUUGCGGGACAUGGCAGGACAAGAUGGGUGAGAGCGCGAAAGCGGGUAACAAAGGCGUACCUGGGACACCACGAGACGGGGCAGCAAUCGAGAUAACCGGGCUAGUGUACAGCGCCUUGACUUGGGUUGCUAAAUUGCACGAGCGUGGCAUUUACAAACAUGAUGGGGUUGACAUUGGAGGUGGGAAAUCCAUCUCUUUCGAGGAUUGGGCGUCAAGAAUUCGGGCCAACUUCGAACGCUGUUACUAUGUUCCUCUACAGCCAAAGGAUGAUGGCCAAUACGACAUCGACGCAAGCAUCAUCAAUAGACGGGGGAUUUACAAGGACCUGUACAGGUCUGGUAAACCAUACGAGGACUACCAGCUUCGUUCCAAUUUCCCGAUAGCCAUGACCGUCGCUCCAGACCUGUUCACUGCCUCCAAAGCACUUGCAGCUCUCGCUCUUGCCGACGAGGUCCUGGUCGGGCCAGUGGGAAUGGCCACUCUGGAUCCCUCCGACCUCAAUUACCGCCCUAACUACAAUAAUUCCGAGGACUCGACCGAUUUUGCAACCGCCAAAGGGAGAAAUUACCACCAAGGUCCUGAGUGGGUUUGGCAGCGUGGGUACUUCCUCCGCGCCUUUUUGCACUUCGACCUUGCUCGCAGGACGACAGCGGCGGAACGGACGGAGACAUACCAACAGAUUACUCGACGCUUGGAGGGUUGCAAGCGGGCUUUGAGGGAAAGUCCAUGGAAGGGCCUUACCGAACUAACGAAUAAGAAUGCAUGCCGAACAUCAAUCACUACAUCUCCGGUGCAGAACAUCUGCUUUUCGAGCGUCAUGUCUCUCACGGAAUCCGCCGCGGCAGCUAUGCUGACCGCCGCGGUCGUGGUAGACAGUCCCAUUGACGUGCAUGAGCCUAGAUGGGAUGACCAGACCAGGGGUCGCGAUUUGUACACACAACUAGUGAUCAGUUUGCUGGUCGGGCUCAGCGCCUUUUUUUCAUUCUGUGUUUUACGACCGAAAUGGACCGAACUAUACGCCGCUCGGCGUCGUCAACGCAACGCGGCUUCAUACUUGCCCGAACUACCCGACAGUUUCUUUGGCUGGAUACCCGUACUAUAUCGGAUCACUGAUGAGCAGGUGUUGGAGUCUGCAGGCUUGGACGCUUUCGUUUUCCUCACCUUCCUGAAAUUCGCCAUUCGGUUCCUCUCCGCUAUAUUCUUCUUCGCCUUGGUUAUCAUUCUACCAACACACUACAAGAAUACCGGCAAAUCGGGGGUUCCGGGUUGGGAUGACGACGAUGACGAGACAUUCGAUGGAGACAAAGACAAGAAGAAACUCAUAUCGGAUCCGAAUUACUUGUGGAUGUAUGUCAUUUUUACAUACAUUUUCACUGGGCUUGCUGUCUACAUGCUCAUCCAAGAGACCAAUAAGGUUAUCCGCACGAGGCAGAAAUACCUUGGAAGCCAGACCAGUACGACCGAUCGGACUAUUCGCUUGUCUGGGAUCCCUCCGGAUUUGGGAACCGAGGAGAAGAUCAAGGAUUUCAUGGAAGGUCUCAAAGUGGGCAAGGUUGAGAGUGUCACACUAUGUCGUGACUGGCGCGAAUUAGACCAUUUAAUCGACGAACGACUGAAACUGCUGCGAAAUCUUGAGCGGGCCUGGACUAGACAUCUAGGCUACAAACGGGUUAAGGCAAGUCCGAACGCAUUGACCAUGAUGCACCAGCAGCCGCGUGGCUCCAGUAUUGUUUCAGAUGGAGAUAGUGAGCGAAUCCAGCUUCUUUCUGAAGGAGGGCGCGACCACGUUACGGACUAUGCACACAAGCGGCCGACAGUGCGCAUUUGGUAUGGGCCUUUCAAGUUACGCUACAAGAACAUCGAUGCGAUCGAUUACUAUGAGGAGAAGCUGCGUCGUCUCGACGAGAAAAUUCAGGUUGCUCGUCAAAAGGAAUAUCCUCCUACCGAGGUUGCCUUCGUAACGAUGGAGUCGAUCGCCGCGUCUCAGAUGGUUGUACAGGCCAUCCUUGAUCCUCACCCCAUGCAACUACUCGCUAGAUUGGCUCCAGCUCCAGCUGAUGUCGUGUGGAAAAACACAUAUCUCCCGCGCUCGAGGCGGAUGAUGCAAUCCUGGUUCAUCACUGUGGUCAUUGGCUUCCUGACUGUAUUCUGGUCGGUGCUUUUGAUUCCCGUUGCCUAUCUGCUUGAGUACGAGACUCUCCACAAGGUGUUCCCUCAAUUGGCCGACGCCCUUGCUCGGAACCCACUUGCCAAGUCCCUUGUGCAGACUGGUCUGCCGACCUUGGUUCUCUCGCUGUUGACUGUCGCUGUGCCUUAUCUCUAUAACUGGCUCUCGAACCAACAAGGCAUGAUGUCUCGGGGUGACAUUGAGCUGUCCGUAAUUUCGAAGACCUUCUUCUUCUCUUUCUUCAACCUCUUCCUCGUCUUUACGGUAUUCGGAACCGCGACGACAUUCUACGGGUUCUGGGAGAAUCUCCGAGAUGCCUUCAAAGAUGCAACGACCAUAGCGUUUGCAUUGGCCAAAACUCUGGAAAACUUUGCUCCGUUUUAUAUCAACUUCCUAUGUCUUCAAGGAAUAGGAUUGUUCCCGUUCCGACUCCUUGAGUUUGGAAGUGUUGCCAUGUAUCCCAUCAACUUCCUGGCCGCUAAGACCCCUCGAGACUAUGCUGAGCUAUCCACACCCCCUACAUUCAGCUACGGAUAUUCCAUUCCGCAGACGGUCCUAAGUCUUAUCAUCUGUGUGGUAUACAGCGUGUUCCCUAGCUCAUGGUUGAUAUGCCUGUUUGGAUUGAUUUACUUCACAAUCGGCAAGUUCAUCUACAAGUAUCAGCUUCUGUACGCGAUGGAUCAUCAGCAGCAUUCGACGGGACGAGCGUGGCCGAUGAUCUGCAGCCGAAUCUUGAUGGGCUUGAUGGUUUUCCAGCUGGCGAUGAUCGGCGUGCUAGCCUUACGCCGGGCUAUCACCCGCUCUCUGCUCAUCGUCCCUCUCCUUAUGGCAACCGUAUGGUUCAGCUACUUCUUUGCCCGGACCUAUGAGCCUCUUAUGAAAUUCAUCGCUUUGAAGAGCAUUGACCGCGAGCGGCCUGGCGGGGGCGAUAUCUCUCCGUCCCCGUCGUCGACCUUCUCUCCUCCGUCCGGCCUCGACCGCGAUUCUUUUCCGAUCCGGAUUGGUGGACAAGAACUCGGACUGCGGCUGAGGAAGUAUGUCAACCCAAGCCUGAUCCUGCCUCUUCAUGAUGCAUGGCUUCCGGGACGCACGAUGGUUCCAGAGCUUCAGGGAGAACUGGAGCAUCGCAAUUCCGGAAACAAUGCGGCCGAUGAGUCCGUCUGA